UUUGUAAGAGUUGUAUCGUCAAGUACCUGCAGAUGUCCAAACAAUGUCCGAUGUGUAAUAUCAAGAUUCAUGAGACACAACCCUUGAUUAAUCUAAGACCAGACAGGACAAUGCAAGAUGUGGUCUACAGACUGGUACCCAAUCUCUUUGAAGGUGAAGAAAGAAGGAAACGAGAGUUCUACAGAGCUAGAGGACUAGACAAGGUACAGAGUAAAGUACAACUGAAGUCAUUCAGUGGCAAGUUGGAUCCUUCAGGCAGUCACUUCUACCGCAAUGAUGAACAGGUGUCAUUGUGUCUUGAAAAGCAUAGAAGUCAAAUGCUGAACCAGAGCGAAUCCCCUAGCUCCCUGCAGAAGAGAUAUAUCCGUUGCUCUGUAAGGACUUGUGUAUCACACAUACAGAAGCUGCUCAUCAAGAAACUAGCAGUCCCAGAGAGAAUAGAGAUCAACCUUUACUGUGAGGACCAUAUUCUUUAUGAGGAUGAACCUUUGAAGUAUGUCUGGCUAGCGCACUGGCAAGGAAAGGCUGCCCCUAUGAUACUGCAUUACCAGUUGGAGUCAAGUAAAAUUCUCUCAGAUAAAAGUGGAUGAACCAAUCGCAGCUCUACCCUAAAAUUUGCUCUUUCACCAAUUUUCUUCGUCUAAACAGCAAGUUUGUCGUCCAACAGAAGAGAAAGUAAUGUGUUGUGACUGAAGCGUUCGUCCUUCCAGAAUACAAUUUAGCAUUAAUCAUUUGCAUGUUGAAUAGAAACAUUGUGAGUAGACUGAUCCCCUGUCCUUGUUUGCAAGGAUCAGGGCAGGUAUUGGUUUUAUAUGUGUAUACGCCAUGUACAUCAGAUUAAAUUGAGAAUUUCCAGAACCUUGAAUGCCAUGUGAAAUGAUGUGAGGUCAAAGUUGAUUAUGGGCGUGGGUUGAACGGCAGAUCUCUCGCGUAAUUUACGAGCCUUGAAGUGUGACGUCAGAUGUUCAGGCUACAUUGUGAGUAGCAGUUAUGGUUUUGUUGAUCAAUCAAAACCCAGCUUUACCAAACACCUGUUUACGAUUUCCUCUAAUGGUCAUUAACAUAGCCUGGCAAUCUACUAAUGAACCCAAGUUAUGGUGGCCUUGUCAUGGGAUGCGGAUUUUAAACCUGGUUAUGGCAAUUUGUUGUUGGCUAAGACCCUUGACCAUAAUUUGUUCCUACCAUCCAGUAGCAAAUGCUUAACUGUAAGGGUCAAGCUUGUAACACUCGUUUCAGACAGGCGCUUCAGAGUCGCGUCGGACCAAAUUCUGAACUAGGUACAUGAAAAGUUUGGCGUCUGAAACAGUCUGAGCGGCUGGAAGUCAAAAGAUCGACUAUUACCGUCGUUCGGAACGACUCUUGAGCUCCUAGGUUUCAGACGCCAAACUUGUCAUGAGUUGAGCCAAUGUAAAUGUUAUGUUAAGUUCGCCUGUCUGAAACAAACAGUUAUUUGUGUCGACCUAGAGUCGCUCCUAA